AUGGAAGAAGUAUCCUCGAGUUCAAAAUCGAAUUUAACUAAUGAAGAACAAGAAUGUAAAGACCAUUUUAAAUCCACUCACUUCCGCGAUUCUGAAGGACGUUACGUCGUUAGAUUACCUUUUAGAAAAUCAACAGAACUAUUGGGGGAUUCUAAAGCUAAAGCCUUACGCAUGUUGUCUCCAUUAUUGAAGAAAUUUCAAACUGAUUCAAUUCUUCAACAAGCUUAUACAAUGUUUCUAAGUUACUAUGAAACAUUAAAUCAUAUGUUACCUGUCGACAAGUCUAAUGAAAGUAAACACUCUUAUUAUUUACCUCACCAUGGAGUCAUACGAGAAAGUAGUGUUUCCACCAAGCUUCGAGUAGUAUUUAAUGCAUUAAGCCUUACUUCUGUAGGGGUAUCACUCAAUGACGUUCUUCACAAUGGAGAAAACUUCAAACAAAACUUUUUGAUGUUCUAA